AAUCAAAUACGAUAAGAUGAAAAUGACAUUAAAUGGUAAUCGUACUAAAUUAAAUUAUUUCGCAUAUCCCCGGUGUUAGUAUUCUAUGGUAAUUUUUAUAAAGAUAUAAAUAUAAAUUUAUGAUAUACAUUCACAAUGGUUGACUACAGUAAAUGGAAAAACAUUGAGGUGUCGGAUGAUGAAGAUGAAACACAUCCAAAUAUUGAUACUCCAUCUCUGUUUCGCUGGCGACAUCAAGCUCGUGUAGAUCGGAUGGAAGAGAUUAAGCGGGAACAACAAGAAUUGGAAACCAAGAAAAAAAUUUUUCAAGAAAAACUUCAAACGACUAAACAACAGUUAAGCGAAGCCGAAAAUCAAGGUAAAAAUAAGAAAGAACUUGAAGAAGCUUUAAGUGCACUUACAGUUGAAGAACAAGAGUUAAAAAAAAAAGAAGAAGAAUUUAAAAAUAAAGAAAAAGUUAUGCCAUGGAAUGUAGAUACUAUUAGUAAACCAGGAUUUACUAAAACAAUAGUUAAUACUCCUAAAGGUCCACCUCAAGAAGAAAAUUUGACAGAAGAAGAAAAGGCCAAAAGAUUAGAAAAGUUCAUUGAAGAAAAUAAGAGUAAAUUAAAAACAUUUGGAAUGUUUAAAAAAUAUAAAGACAGUCAAGAAUAUUUACAAAAAAAUCCUCAACUUGUGUGUGAAGAUACUGCUAAUUAUCUAGUAAUUUGGUGUAUUGAUUUACAAAUGGAAGGUAAAUCUGACUUGAUGGAACAUGUAGCACAUCAAACCAUUUGUAUGCAAUAUAUUUUGGAAUUGUCUCGGCAACUAAAUAUUGAUCCUCGAGCUUGUGUCCCAUCAUUUUUUUCAAGAAUACAAAUGGCAGAAAAACAAUAUAAAGAUUCAUUUGAUGAAGAGCUUUCAAUGUUUAAAGAUCGUAUUCGAAAAAGAGCAGAAGAAAAACUGCGUAUUGCUCAAGCAGAAAUAGAAGAAGAAGAAAAACAGGCUAGACUUGGACCGGGUGGACUUGAUCCUGUUGAAGUAUUUGAAAGUCUGCCAGAUGAAUUAAAAAGAUGUUUUGAAUCUCAAGACAUUCAGUUACUUCAAGAUACUAUUAAAAAUAUGGACCAAGCAGAUGCAGCUUUUUAUAUGAAACAGUGUGUUGAUUCUGGAUUAUGGGUACCUGAUGCAAAUAAGGACAAAAAAAAUGAAGAAGAUGAUAGUUGCAAAACUCAAGAAGAAAAUAUUUAUAGUGAAGUAGAUUCAUAAUUUAAUUUUUUCUGAUAUUUGUCCUAUUAUAAUUAAAAUAAAUCAAUUAUUUAGAAUCUGAAAAUAAUUAACAGUUAAUGUUUUAUAAUAGCAAUGUAACAUUAAAUUGUGAUGAUAAAUAUUAAACAUUUUUAUAUUUAUAAUGUAA